CCGAAAUCAAAACCUGCGCGAUUCUUAACGUACACUCCUCCCUCUCCUGUUUUCAAUCAGAUCCCAUUCCUCACUACUACGUUGUCUGCAAAACCCAAUUACUUCUGUCUCUUUUUCUCCUCAUGAUUAAACAUCAGAAACCUCCAACUCAAUCACAUUGACAUACAAACCUCCUCUUGUUCUUGUCUCUACAAUGAAGACUUGUUGUUGGGUUGUGCUUGUUUCCUUAAUCCUCAGCUUCUGCGCAUCUGGGACUUCCUCGAUUGACAAUUACCACCAAGCGUUUCCUAUUGUGGAACCAGAUCCUGGUCAUACGAAACUUCGUCUUUCAAAGGAAGGCCUAGAGGCCAUUGAAAGAAUAACAACUCCGAUUGCAGCUGUUGCAGUUAUUGGGCCAUACCGCUCUGGGAAAUCCUUCUUGCUCAAUCAGCUGCUCUCCCUUUCUUGUUAUGAAGGUUUUGGUGUGGGGCACAUGCGUGACACAAAAACAAAAGGGAUUUGGGUAUGGGGAACUCCGGUAGAAGUGGAUAUUGAUGGAGUAAGAACAUCUGUGUUUUACCUUGAUACCGAAGGAUUUGAAAGUGUUGGGAAGUCAAAUGUAUAUGACGACCGGAUUUUUGCUCUUGCAACUGUUAUGAGUUCUGUGCUUGUAUAUAACCUGCCUGAAACGAUACGUGAAGCUGACAUCGCGCGGUUGUCAUUUGCUGUGGAGCUUGCUGAAGAAUUUUACGGCAGGUCUGCACUUCUUCUAUGUGUUGACCUAUGUUUAUUUAUUUUAUUGUGCUAUUACCGACACUGACAAUUUUUUUUUUUGCUUUUGCAAACUUAUACGGAGAAUAGGGUGAAGGGGCAAGAUGUUGCUUUUGAACCUGCAAAGCUUUUGUGGCUCAUCCAACGUGACUUUUUGCAAGGAAAAUCUGUACAACAAAUGGUGCAUGAAGCUCUCCUUCAUGUUCCUAACACUGAUGGCAACAAAAAUAUUGAUAUGGUUAAUCAGAUUCGUGAUUCUUUAGCUAUUAUGGGCGAUAAUAGCACAGCGUUCAGCUUACCACAACCUCACCUUCAACGAACGAAACUCUGUGACAUGAAGGAUGGUGAGCUCGACCCGGCAUAUGUCACAAGAAGGGACCAACUUAAACAGCUUGUUACUAGUAUCAUCCGUCCAAAAAUAGUGCAAGGAAGGCUGCUAAAUGGCAAGGAAUUCGUAUUAUUUUUGGAGCAGAUCCUUGAAGCUCUGAACAAAGGGGAGAUCCCAUCAACAGGUUCUCUGGUGGAGGUUUUCAACAAAGGAAUUCUUGAGCGAUGCCUAAAGCUGUAUAGUGAAAGGAUGAAAAAAGUGCAUUUACCUCUCUUAGAGCAAUCUCUUGUAGAAUACCAUGAAAGUUCUAUGGCAGAAGUGAUGAAGCUUUUUGAAGAACAGCAUUUUGGCCGUAAUCAUGCAAAGAAAUCGGUUCUGCAACUAGAAGAAGAAAUAGACAAGUUGUACAGGAAUAUCGUAAUGGCCAAUGAAUAUCAGUCUUCAAAGCUCUGUGAGGGAUUGUAUACCAGUUGUGAGGACAAAAUGGACCAUCUUCAGGUUCUCAGGCUUCCUUCCAUGGCGAAAUUCAAUGCAGGUUUCCUACAAUGCAACCAUAGUUUUGAGCAAGAAUGUGUUGGACCUGCAAAAACAAAUUAUGAGCAACGCAUGAAUAAGAUGUUGGGAAAGUCACGCAAUCUUUUUAUAAAAGAAUAUAAUCACAGGCUCUUCAAUUGGUUGGUCGCCUUCUCCCUUGUCAUGGUCGUGGUGGGCAGGUUUAUCAUUAAGUUUAUUUUGAUUGAAAUUGGGGCGUGGAUUCUUUUCAUCUUCUUAGAGACGUACACGAGGAUGUUUUGGUCAGCAGAGUCUCUUUAUUACAACCCAGUGUGGCAUGCAAUAGUAGCCACUUGGGAAACACUGGUUUACAGCCCCGUCCUUGAUCUAGACAGAUGGGCUAUUCCAGUUGGUGUAAUAAUAGCUGUAUUUAUAUUGUAUUGGCGGUGUCAUGGGAAAAGAAAACAUGGGUCUGGAUGGCUACUGCCCCUGUACAAUAAUCAGAAAGCUGGCUCGAAUCGGCCAAGAUCAGACUAAAAAGGAAAAACUGAUGGAAUGGUUUAGUGGCUUUGAUACAUACCUGUGUUGGGAUCAUAUGCUUGGGUCAGCUUCUGCAAUAUCUGUACACAAAGCUGCCCAAUAUCAAAUCUCAAGUCGCCCUAAUCCGGGAGAGGUGAAGGAUCAUAUCCGAUGAUGGGGCUGCUCGUAUAGUCUAACUGUAACAAUUCCAAAUUAUUUGUAUUUCUAUUAAUUUUUUCAAUCAAUCAUCAGUGACUUAAUAUUGGUGUUGUAACACUUAAAAUGGUUUAUGAAGGAAAAAGAGAAUGGGAAAAGAGAAACGUACACAAUCAUUUCC